CGGCCGCUGCUCCCGCCGCCGCCGCCGCCGCCGCCGCCUGGAUAUAGUGCGGCACGGAGCGGAGCUUGCAGUCACUUUGCGAGGAGGAGCGCGCGGGCUGCGGGCGGCUGGGGCACCCCGGGCGCGGCGUGGGGCGAGCGGGAGCGGCCGUGGCUGCAGCGGAAGGUUCUCUCUCCGGGGCUGGACUUAAUAACUUUGGAACUGUCCACCAGUGUCACGUCCUGAACAUGAGCCUCCUCCUCUCCUUCUACCUGCUCGGGUUGCUUGUCAGUAGCGGGCAAGCUCUUCUCCAAGUGACAAUUUCACUUAGCAAAGUAGAGCUUAGUGUGGGAGAAUCUAAAUUCUUCACAUGUACAGCAAUUGGUGAACCUGAGAGUAUAGAUUGGUAUAAUCCACAAGGCGAGAAAAUCGUCUCAACACAGAGGGUCAUGUUGCAGAAGGAAAGCCUCAGGUCACGAUUGAUCAUCUACAAUGCUAACAUAGAAGAUGCAGGGAUAUAUCGUUGUCAAGCAACUGAUGCCAAAGGACAGACACAAGAAGCAACAGUAGUUUUGGAAAUUUACCAAAAGCUCACAUUCAAAGAAGUUAUCUCUCCUCAAGAAUUCAAGCAAGGAGAGGAUGCUGAAGUCGUCUGCAGAGUUAGCAGUUCACCUGCACCAGCUGUUAGCUGGUUGUAUCAUAAUGAGGAACUCACCGCCAUUUCCGACAAUCGGUUUGCUAUGCUAGCAAACAAUAAUCUGCAGAUUCUCAACAUCAAUAAAAGUGAUGAAGGUAUAUACAGAUGUGAAGGGAGAGUGGAAGCUAGGGGGGAGAUUGACUUCCGUGACAUCAUUGUCAUUGUUAAUGUACCGCCAGCAAUCAGCAUGCCUCAGAAGUCUUUCAAUGCCACAGCUGAGAGAGGAGAAGAGAAGACUUUAUCUUGCAGGGCUUCAGGAUCUCCAGAACCUACCAUCUCCUGGUCUAGGAAUGGUAGGCUCAUUGAAGAAAAUGAAAAGUACCUAUUGAAGGCAAGCAACACAGAACUCACCGUCAGGAACAUAAUCAACAGUGAUGCAGGCCCUUAUGUCUGCAGAGCCACUAACAAGGCAGGAGAAGAUGAAAAGCAAGCAUUCCUCCAAGUCUUUGUACAGCCUCAUAUCAUACAACUUAAAAAUGAGACUACAUCUGAGAAUGGUCAUGUCACACUCAUCUGUGAAGCUGAAGGGGAACCUAUUCCAGAAAUCACUUGGAAAAGAGCUAUGGAUGGCGUCAUGUUUUCUGAAGGCGAUAAGAGCCCAGAUGGGCGCAUGGAAGUCAAAGGGCGCCAUGGAAGCUCAGCACUACAUAUUAAAGAUGUGAGGUUGUCAGAUUCGGGGCGUUAUGACUGCGAGGCUGCCAGUAGAAUUGGAGGACACCAGAAGAGCAUGUACCUUGAUAUCGAAUAUGCUCCUAAAUUUGUUUCAAAUCAAACCAUUUAUUUCUCUUGGGAAGGAAAUCCAAUCAACAUAAGUUGUGAUGUGAAAUCAAAUCCACCAGCAUCAAUCCAUUGGCGAAGAGAAAAAUUAGUCUUGCCAGCUAAAAAUACCACCAAUUUAAAGACGUAUAGUGCAGGAAGAAAAAUGAUAUUAGAGAUUGCACCCACAUCUGACAAUGACUUUGGACGAUAUAAUUGCACAGCCACUAACCGUAUAGGAACAAGAUUUCAGGAAUAUUUUCUUGCUUUAGCUGAUGUCCCAUCCAGUCCCCAUGGCGUGAAGAUAAUAGAGCUGUCACAGACCACGGCCAAGAUUUCUUUCAACAAGCCAGAAUCCCAUGGAGGUGUGCCGAUUCAUCACUAUCAAGUAGAUGUCAAGGAAGUGGCAUCAGAAACUUGGAAAAUAGUACGCUCCCAUGGAGUUCAAACAAUGGUUGUUUUGAGCAACCUGGAACCAAAUACAACCUAUGAAAUCCGGGUUGCAGCUGUAAAUGGAAAAGGACAAGGAGAUUACAGCAAGAUAGAAAUCUUCCAGACAUUACCAGUUCGUGAGCCAAGCCCUCCAUCCAUUCAUGGACAGCCAAGCAGUGGGAAGAGCUUUAAACUCAGUAUUACCAAGCAGGAUGAUGGAGGGGCUCCUAUUUUGGAAUACAUUGUGAAAUACAGAAGUAAAGACAAGGAAGACCAGUGGCUAGAGAAAAAAGUGCAAGGAAAUAAAGACCAUAUUAUUUUGGAACAUCUACAGUGGACUAUGGGAUAUGAAGUUCAAAUUACAGCUGCCAAUAGAUUGGGAUAUUCUGAGCCAACAGUUUAUGAGUUCAGCAUGCCACCAAAGCCCAACAUUAUUAAAGACACACUUUUUAAUGGUCUUGGUCUUGGAGCCAUCAUUGGCCUGGGAGUGGCUGCCCUGUUGUUGGUCCUGGUAAUAACAGAUGUCAGCUGCUUCUUCAUUCGACAAUGUGGGCUGCUGAUGUGCAUCACCAGAAGAAUGUGUGGAAAGAAGAGUGGCUCCAGUGGGAAGAGUAAAGAGUUGGAAGAGGGAAAAGCUGCUUAUUUGAAAGAUGGAUCCAAAGAGCCAAUAGUGGAGAUGAGAACAGAGGAUGAAAGAAUUACCAACCAUGAAGAUGGGAGCCCAGUAAAUGAGCCAAAUGAAACCACACCACUAACAGAGCCUGAAAAAUUGCCUUUAAAAGAAGAAAAUGGGAAGGAAGUCCUAACCCCAGAAACUAUAGAAAUUAAAGUUUCCAAUGACAUCAUUCAGUCAAAAGAAGAUGACAGUAAAGCAUAA